AUGGAUAACCAAAACAAUGUGACAGAGUUUGUUCUACUGGGACUCUCACAGAAUCCAAAGAUGCGGACGAUCAUAUUUGUUGUGUUUUUGGUCAUCUACAUUGUCUCUAUGGUAGGAAACAUGCUGACUAUGGUCAUCAUCAAAGCCAGUCCACUGUUAAGGUCCCCCAUGUACUAUUUCCUGGCCCAUCUCUCUUUUGUUGAUGCCUGCUAUUCUUGUGUCACUACCCCUAAACUGAUCAUAGAUUCCCUCUAUGAAAAGAAAACCAGCCCUUUCAACGAAUGCAUGAUGCAGGUCUUUGGGGAACAUGUCUUUGCAGGUGCUGACGUCAUCCUGCUCACUGUGAUGGCCUAUGACCGCUACGUGGCCAUCUGCAAGCCCUUGCACUAUACGACCAUCAUGAGUCGGCGACUCUGUGGGCUGCUAGUGGGAGUGGCAUGGAUGGGAGGCUUUAUUCAUUCGACCAUACAGCUCCUCUUCAUCAUCAGAUUACCUUUCUGUGGCCCUAACAUCAUAGAUCACUUUAUGUGUGACUUAAUAUUUUUGCUCGAUCUGGCCUGUACUGACACUCACCUUCUAGGACUUUUUGUUCCUGCCAACAGUGGUUUCCUCUGUCUGUUAAAUUUGCUCCUCUUGAUUGGCUCCUAUGUGGUCAUUCUGUGUACCCUGAGGACCCAUAGCUCGGAGGCCAGACGCAAGGCCCUCUCUACCUGUGUCUCCCACAUCACAGCAGUCAUCCUGUUCCUUGGGCCCUGCUUAUUUGUAUACCUGAGACCAGCAGUUACUUUGUCUGUUGAUAAAUCAGUUGCUGUAUUCUACAGUAUGAUAACUCCCAUGUUAAAUCCCUUAAUCUAUACCUUGAGAAAUGACCAGAUGAAAAAUGCCAUUAGGAAAUUGUGUAGCAGAAAAGUGAUUUCAGAUGAUCAAUAA